AUUUAUUUAUGUAUAUAUCUAUAUGUAUGCGUCUGCACUCUGCACAUAUAUAUACUAACUUGUAGUAAUAAUCAACGUCUACUUCAACCCAAAAAUGCGGCGGAUAAACUCUUGCUGAACCACCGCCGUGAAGCAAUGUCAGGUGCAGGAGAAUUCUUGACCUCAACACAAUAUAUAACUUUCAAGCAUUAGGUGAGUCACAAGAUGGAUGAAAGCGGACGAGAGAACAGAAGACAUAGAAUGGAUUACCACAAAGUGCCACAGUUUCUUUGUUUCAAUACGAUUGCAGUGGAAUGUGAUGCCCCAGUACCAGAUUAAGGAACCAAAUGCUUUCCAAAUGAAUGCCAAGCUCGUGAUGCUCUGCAAUGAAAGGGAUGAUGCAAUAAGAGAGCGGGACAGAGCACUUACUGAGAAGAAGUUGGCAUUGGAUGAAAGAGACGCUGCUAUGAAGCAACUAGACGCAGCAAUCAUGGAGCGGGAUGAUGCCCUAAGAGAACGCGACAAUGCAAUUGCUGCCCUCCAAUUUCACGAGAGCACAGUGAAUCCUCUGUUGAGCGGUGGUGUGCGUGGAUCAAAGCGCACAAACCAUCAUCCCAACAGCAUGCAAUCCGAGGAUUGCAUACAUGAUCACGAUGCACUUCCAGUAUCCCAUGUCCCACAUGAAGCUCCUCUUUCGAAGAAAGGGACGAGGUCCAAAACUAACAAGGAUGCUCAGACGAGGUCUGGUAGAUCGCCAAAGAAAGUGAAGAAGAUAGGGGAGGAUCUGAAUAGAUCCAAGGCUGAAUGGGAUGCUCAGGAUCUUAGUUCCAUGAGUCAGAUAAUGUUUGAUGAAUCGAGCAUGCCAGUUCCCGUUUGCUCGUGCACUGGAGUUCCCCGGCAGUGCUACAAGUGGGGUAACGGGGGAUGGCAAUCCUCGUGCUGCACCACCUCCCUCUCGUUAUACCCUCUACCCCAAAUGCCAAACAAGAGGCAUGCACGAAUGGGAGGCCGGAAAAUGAGUGGGAGCGUCUUCAGCAGAUUGCUUACGAGACUGGCGGCAGUCGGCCAAGAUUUGUCAAUUCCUGUUGAUCUGAAAGAGUACUGGGCUAAACAUGGAACCAAUCGCUACAUUACCAUCAAGUAACUGUGUAUCAUCUUCUUUGUUUCGGAUGAAUUAAGUAGGCCUUAAAUUGGUCGAUCAAGGUAUAUUUGGCUCUGCACUUUGUAAUAUAUGGAUUAGAUUCCUUGAUGGGAUCUUGAUGUUGUAAUCUUUCAGUUUGAGCAGCAGUUUUCAUCCUCAUGUGCUACUGCUAUCUGUUAGUAUUUAUGUUUUCUUAUGAAUCAUCAUUUCAUAGCUC